AUGGCAACAAGCUACCCACCUGAACGGACAGCCGCCCCCAUCGCCAGUGAGAGUGGUAAAGGGGCGGGCCGGCCGACCGCCAACAGACAGGCCAGACCGCCGAGAAGUCGAAGACGCCGCAGUGGCAGAAGGCGGCUCACGAGAGGACAGCAGCAGAGAAGAACUGCACGCAUCCAUCGAAACCGCGCUGAAAAGCGGAAACGCGCAUCAAGAUCACGCUGCAUGCGGAGAUGGAAGCUGCCUGCCUCAUGCUACGGGAGGCAUUCGAGCGCAGGGCGCGAACGGCAGCAGCGGCGACGCAAACGAAUCACAACCCGGUGGAAGAAGCGUGCCCAAAACCUGCAGGGUGAUGCACGGAUCAACGCAGCUGGCUGGAGUACCGUGCGGAAAGGGAGAGAGAAGAAGAAGAAGCUCGCCUCCAGGAAGAAGAGGAGAAACGACGGCGAAGACAAGGAUGCUAUUCCAACUACCGCCGCUACAACCGAUACUGACUGGCAGAGGGCGCAAUGA